UUGUAAUUAAAAGAAUAACAUACAAAAGGCGGUAAAAAUAAAAAUCGAGUAGUAAUUAGAGAUCAGUUAUAAUUUAAUAACAAAAUAGUUUGUUAAUAACAUUAUAGUUAAACACGUUUUGGUUCUUUGUUUGAGUCAUCUUCAUAAGAUGAGAAGCGCGUUACUGUAGAUUCUAAGGUGCAAUAUCUUCUGCAACAGAAGAUGCAAAAUAUAAGAGCUGCUUAAUAAUAUGAAAUUAUUUUGAUAAAGGAUUGGAAUGUCUAAAAAUAUUAAUGUCUCGUGAUUAAUCUGUAUGAGGUUAACACUUUAUUAUAAAAUCGAAUUAUAAUAUGUCUGUCUACUGUUGUGUCUGUCGGUCGGUAUCCGCUCUCGAGAUCGAUGCUAUUCUGUUUGUUCGAAUUCGUUCUAGGAAGAGGAAAAUUACAAAUAUUUUAAAUCCAUUCUUGGCUAAUAUUUUUACUUUAAAAAAUAUCUAGUAUUAAAGAGAAAUUCCUUCUAGAACGUAAAUAAGUAAAGAAGUAAUCAAUUAUGAUUGUAGUGGAUCUUAGCUUUCAAUUUUUAUAAACUGCGUCGAAAACAUCAUCGCCUUAUAACGUGUCCUUAUAACAUCGUCACUCCCACUUAAACCAUGGAAAACACAAAUCGCACCAAACGCGUGGAUCGCUAUCCCCUCCUUUUACACACAUGUGGAGGGGUCCUUUCAUGCUAUUUCGAGAUCUAGUAAAAAGUACCAGAGAAUUCUGUAUCAGGAGGAACUCUAAUGUAAUUAGUAGCCAUAGUCGCUUGCAAAACGUCGAUUAGCAAGAAGAUACGAGGUGAAAAUGGUGGAAAAUAUUCAUGUGCAAGUUAAAGACAAUUCGCCCUCGAUAGAGAAUAUCUUACGUCCAUUAUCGUACACCUCCUGGCUCAUGGGAGUUGGCGUUGCACAUCCGCGAAAGUUUCCCAAGGCUGUAACGACAAUUAUACGUGUCAUUCACUUGGUUAUGUGCUUCAUUCACAUGGCAUAUGGUUCGAUAACUUUUUUGAUCAUCGACAUCAACGUUGAUUUUGGAUACGAGAAAAUAUAUAUGUUCAUGCACUACAUGAACUGGACAAUUUCCUAUGUGUCGACGUAUUAUUACAUUUAUCACGGAAUCAGGAAGUACGACAAGUGGCCGGAACUAAUGGACAGAAUGAAGAAGCUCGAUCAGAAGAUUAGGAGGGAAAUACCCAUGAACGACCAGCCAAUAAAAAACGCGGAAGCGAUAGCGAUUCUCGCGGCUUACGCUUGCUGUCCUUUGUUCCCGAUUGUGCAUACCGUGUUUUGUUACUUGACACAUUCAGAGGACAUGUUCGCGUACAAGUGGUUCUUUUACUACAUGUUAGCCCAGUCAUUGGUCAACAGCUUUGUCUUUGACGUUAUCGUUUAUGUGAUAUAUUACAGAUUCCAAACGAUAAAUAAAGUGAUCGAACAGUUGGAUGCGUUAUCUGAUGCAUCAUGGAUCGUGCACAAGAUUAGACAAAUCAGAGAAUUGCAUAAUAGUAUGUUUCAGCUAAUAUUACGUUUUGUAUUGUAAUUUAACAAUGUAAAUUUAUUUGACUCGAGAUAUAAUAUAAUACUAUGGUACAUAUUAUGAAAAAAUUGCGAUCAUACCGAGAGCAGUUGAAUCGUAAAUUCUGUUUUGCAGAUAUUUGUGUUAUCGUCAUCACGGUAAACAAUAUUCACGGAAUUCAUCUCCUCUUCUGUUCGGCAAACUGUUUUUUUAUGAUCGUGACUACACUAAUAAGAAUCCAUUGGAUUCAUUUAGAAUGGGAGGAUGUCACUCUUGUUUUUGAAAUAACAAAACAUAUUUAUUGUAUUCUAUACGUCGCGCAAUUUGGUUUGAUUUGCUGGAUUUGCACACUUGCGCGUGAAGAAUCCGAGAGGACCGGACAAAUUAUAUACGCAUUUUUACUGAAAUGCAAACACGUAGAUGGAAACUUCAUUAGGAAUGAGGUCAAUGACUUUUCAAUUCAGCUGCAACAGAAUCGUGUUGUAUUUACAGCCUGCAAUUUCUUCGAAAUAAAUAAUAAUCUGUUCAGUCGUUUUGUUUGGGUUGUCACUGGUUACCUAAUACUGUACAUUCAAUAUUUUAUACUAUCUUAUUCAUAAGGCUUAAAACAGGUAAGGAAUUAUACUACAGACCGUAUUAUAAUAUAGUGAGGAUUAAGUUUCUUUGCAACAUUAAGUUUCUUUGCAUUAACUUUGCGUUGUAUUUUGACAAUAAUUGUUUUUUUUUGUAGGUGUUUCACGAAUUUACGCAAUCGUCAAACGGAUUACAAUCGUAGAUCGUGAUCGUAAACAUGUAAGACAGAGAUGUCCUAAUCGGAUUCAUCACGCAGAAUCAUAACCGAACGUUUCCUAUUUCGCAAUUUUCGAAAAAAUUGAUUCAGAGCAGCCGGCUGUCAAACGUAUUUAUUUUGACUUCAAUAUUGUUGUCGUGGCUCAAGACAGUAGAACUUUGAAAUAUAACGAACGUUUCUACGCGAGAAACUCUGGCUUUUACCGCUUUGCACACUCUUUGACUAAUUAUCCUGACACGUCUUUCAUCCUUUUUAUUCCACUCCUACAUUUUAUAUAUUGAAAGUUAAUUAUUAACCCUCAACUGACACACUAUAUUGGAUUCAAUGUUUUGCUACACACGAGUUACGUCAUCUGAUCAUUUUCAAUGGUCAAUUCCAUGAUUUUUUUAAAUUGAUACGCAAGAAGGUCAAGAAGAAGGUUAAAUAGAUGCGAGAAACGAGAAGUUGAAUGUAUUUGAAAUAUUCAGAAGAGAAGGAGUGUACGAUUUGAUAUGAAUGACAAUCAUUUUUGUAAACAGCCUGGGUGUACGACACCCAGUAUGUCAGCUGCGAAUUAAAAGUAAUACAUUUUAUAAGAUAUCUACUGUUAUAGUUAAUUGUCUAUAUGUGUGAAUUUCCUAUUAAUUACAAAAAUUAUAAGAAAAAACAUAUAUAUAAUAAUUUAAUCGUAUUACGGAAAUGUAAAGGAGUGUAAAACAUUAUCCUAAAAAUUCAAAAAGAUAUUAAGAGUUAUUUAAUAGAUUAAGAGCUAUAGAGAAUUGAGAAUUUGAAAACUUAUUGUAAUCUUCUAAACAAAGUCUAGGUGUCGCGUUUACGUGAAAUAUAUGAGUAUUAUGUGUAAGUGUUACGAAAGCAUAUGUACAUGCAAAAAGGUUAAUAAAAUUAACUUAAAACAACACGUGAAAAUUUGUUUGUCAUUGUCAUUGGUAUUUCGAGUCCAACCACUAUUUCAUUUAUAAUAUUUAUAUUUAAAAUAAUGAACAAAAUCUCUAAACAUUUAUUAACAUAUUUUCAAUUUUACAGAACAAAUAUUUCUUCAGUUUGGCACAAAUAAAAUAUAGUUUCAAUUAGAGUAGAUUAAAAAUUUAACAACGGCUUCUUAAAUUUUAACAAUUCAAAAAAGAGCUUGUGUGUAAGUUGAACCGGAGAUGCUAAUAUUAUUAGAUAAUAAUGAUGAACAAUACAUAAUCACAAAUGUUUGUUGUUUGAUCAUCGCUAUUGUGUCGUUACAUUUAGAGUAUCAUUAUAAUAUGAAUUAUCAUAAGCGCUAAUUUAACUGUUAUGGAAGUUGAAAUUAAAAAAUGAACUUUGGAUCGCAAUUAAUGUUCUGUCAAUUGCGGCUUCUAUAAUACGUCUAAAUGAUAUGAAAACAUACUUUUGUCUUACCCUGAAAUAAAUACCCUCGGAAUACAUUAAAAUUGAUCGUUUAGUCAGGCUUCGACAGUAUCUAUAAAUAGCAAGUGCAAAAACAUACUGUCAUCUCAUUGUGAAAAGAAAUUUGCUGUGAAAAUAUACUUUCAGGUAAAAUGAUAGUAUGCUUUACACCAACUAUUUAAAAACUGACUUGAUAGAAUACCAAUCUUAACCAGCCCUAAAGUUCAAUUUUAAUU